GGGAGCGGGACGGGCCGCUCGGACCGGGCCGGGGAAACCGGGCCGGGGAAACCGGGCCGGGGAAACCGGGCCGGGAUCCUCCCCGCUGCAGCCGGGAGGCAGGCGGGGGAAGCCGGGCCUUCGCCGCCUCUCUGAGCGUUGUGUUCGCGCCGCUCGCAAAGGCUAAACAGAAGUAAUUCACCGGAUUCGCUGGCAAAACAUCAGAUAUUCUGCCUGCAACACCCUCUUCCCCAGGGAGGUGACUACAUAAAAACACCCUCAUAAAACACCCCAUAAAAACGCAAAACAAAACAAAAAAACAACACACACACAAAAAAAACAAUCAGAAGAAGAAAAUCUUUAUGUCGACAUUGCUCUUACGUGGGUGUUUCUGGCUGUAAUAAAUUAAGCUGUUAUCCCUGAAAAUGUAUUUUCAAUUUAAUUUUGCCAUCGAUGAAAAUGAGGACAACAAACCAGACAGUCAUGGUGAACUGGACUCACAGCUGUGCUCUCCAAAACACGAGUGGGAAUCCGUGGAAAAGAGCAAGCAGACUGCUGAGACCACAGCAGACUCCAGCCUGAGGCCAGGUACUGAUAAGCACCAGGAUGACACACUACCAAAGAAAAAGUUCUGCUUUAAAGCUGCCAAAGAGCACAAUAUUCCUGAAGAUCUCCAGAAAGUAUUGGAAAAUAAAGUUAUAGAAACUGUAUCAGACCUGUAUUACAUAAAUAUGUCUGCAGUGGAAAUGACACGUUCAGAUGCUGCCAAUGGAGAAGACAUUGUGUCCAAAAGUGUUUCUUCUCACUCCGAUCUCAUCCCAGGAGUCUAUGAGGGAGGACUGAAAAUCUGGGAAUGCACCUUUGAUCUCAUAGACUACAUUUCUGAGGCUGAAAUACUAUUUGCCAACAAAGCAGUGUUGGAUCUUGGCUGCGGGGCUGGGCUGCUGGGAAUAGUUGCUUUAAGAGGUGGAGCUGCAGAAGUUCAUUUUCAGGACUACAACAGCACCGUGAUUGAUGAAAUAACCUUGCCUGGUGCAGUGGCCAACUGUGUAAGGGAAGGCAGGAGGAUGGGCCGUGGAGGCAACAGGAAAACUGGCAAGCCUCCUUCAAAGAGGCCCAGGAAAGCCAAGUGCUCACCCAAUGCACUCACCAAGUGCAGAUUUUUUUCUGGAGAGUGGUCUGAGGUCAGCCAGCUCCUGUUAAACAGCAACAAACCCUUUUCAAAGUACGAUCUGAUUCUCACAUCUGAGACCAUCUAUAAUCCUGACUACUACAGUGCUUUGCAUGAUACACUGGCUCAGCUCUUGGAUAAAAAUGGCCGUGUGUAUCUGGCAAGCAAAGUACAUUAUUUUGGGGUUGGUGGUGGUAUCUACCUCUUUGAGAGGUUCAUUGAAGAGAGAAAUGUGUUCAGGUCCAGCAUAGUUAAAAUAAUUGAUAAAGGCCUGCAGCGAUAUAUUAUGGAAAUGGCCUUUAAAGAUUCCAGUUAAAAUUCAACCACUAGUCCUUCAAAAAUAUCUUAAAUGUUGUAAUCCUCUUACCUCUGCUUUGUCAAGUUCUUGUGGAUUGCCAAAUUAAAGAUGCUUCUUACUACUUA